AAGGAAAGUGGAGUUGGGCAACUGAAAACCCAUAUAACACACACACACACCUCAUCCAGUUUCUGGCAGUGACCUGGGAGGACAUACAUCACAAGCAUAUUUCAGCUGCUCUUCAGCUCAUUCAGAAAUGGGAAUAAUUGAUGAUGUUAAGGACAAGGUGUCCCAGGCAGUGUUUACACCUUCUACUCUGUUAUCCGGACGAGGCUCGCUACACAUGGCUCAGAUCAUUCUGUCUCUUGUCACCUUCGUCUUGGGUGCCUUCAGAGGAGGGAGUAGCCAUACCUACUGGAACUACGCCAUGUUCACCUGGGCCUUCUGCCCCAUUAUGACCCUCUUCAUCACCAUCAUUGAGAUGCUCAAGCUUGACAUUGUACUCAAUAUGUUUUGCAUGGACUGGGAUGACUUCACCACAGGGAUGGCCAUGUCCUCAACACUUAUGACUGUCUCUGUUGCCAUUACCUAUGCUAACUUCUACGCUUGCCUGAAAUGUUUAUACGGCUGGAUUGUGAGUAUAUUUGCUUUCUUGUGUGGUUUUGUCUAUGCACUUGAAGUGGUGAAGGACAAAAUCUGCGACAGGAAGACGGGGAAAUACCUGGCUGCUCUGCCUGGAUUCUUCAAGGUUCUGGAGGCCUUCGUGAGCUGCAUGAUUUUCAUAUCACUGACCGGUUACAGAGACAAGCCAGCUCUGAUCUUGUGCGUUAUAGCUUAUAUCAUUCCUUUCCCCAUUCUCCCUUUGAUCAUAGCCACCAACAUCUUAAAGAAACUGAAGACAUGUUUGCCUUUUAACUUGGACAGGUUUGUGUUUAUAUUUCUGGUGAUCUCUGUCGUGCUGUAUAUCUUCACUGCUAUCGUGUGGCCCAUUUACACGUUCAGAAACAAUCCUCGUCCCAGUGACUGUCCACCCAGCUUCUGUAUCUGGGCCAUUCAGUUUAUGGUUACAUUUUUUACCUAUGUGAAUCUCAUUCUUUUCACACUGGAUCUCAUUUUCACCUUGCUUGGUAUCUGUGACUUUAAACGCACAUAAUCUUAGUGGUUACUUUCCAGUCAUCUUUUUAAAACCUCCAAAUUUUAACAACACCUUUGUUUUUAAUUCAGGUCAAUUUGACCCACAGAAAUUUUUUAAAAUCUCCUUUUUUAUAUUUAAAAAGGUAAAAACCCAACAUAUCUUUCAAUAGCAUUAAAACAAAAUAGUAUGUAAGUGAGUUAAGUGUUUUGUAUUCUGAAUAAUGCUUUUAAAGCCUGGUCUCAGCUUGGUGAACAGUGCCAUUUCUGCCCUGAAGUCACAUGAUCACAUUUUCCACAUUUGGGUAAACGCAAUAGAUUGUAGGCAGUCUCUGAUGGAGCAGACACAGCACACCAGUUAUAGUCUGGGGCUUUAAGCAUCCAUUUCAGAUUGUACUCAAAACCCCAGACUUAAUAGGUAAUCUACUUUGUCAUGUCUCCUUUGUAAUUUUGAAAAAAUAAAAAUAAAAAUAAUAGACCAACACAAAAGAGCAGAGCUAACACAUGAUCACAUUACACAACUUACAUGAUGUUCUCAGAGUGGAAAAUGGUGCAUUUGUCAAACAGACUCACAAUCAUAUUGAACACAACACAAAAGUAGCAUAAAAAUACAUUUUGAGCAGUAAGGUUUCUGGUUACAGUCUUUUAUAUUGAAUAUUCUGCUGAUCAUAGCAUGAACAAUGAGAACAAUUUUGUUGAAACUGAGAAUUAAUCUGUUAAGUACUGUAUUGUCCAUAUUAUUGAGUUUGAAGUAUGAUGUGUAAUUAAAUUUCAAAUCACAUGCAAUUUCCAAACCUCUUCUCCACUUUUAUACUUGCUAAUACUUGCUAAUUUAUGUGUGUUGUAUUUGAAAUAUGAACUGUUGAUGGCACUGCUGCUGAAAGUUAUGUAAAAGUUGUAACUUGCAUUAUCUCUGUUUGAUAAUGAUAUCACGCAUGAGCGACCACACCUGAGUUUCCUUUGCUCUGUCGGCCACAGACACAGAUGUCAGGCUGGAAUACCAAAAAGUCGAUUUGUGCACAGUGGGAAU